CAAAGGAUUUUAGGUUCAAAUAGAAACAUCCAUGUCAAAUUCAGCAACUUUUUUGAUUAAUUUAAAAUUUGGCCAAAAAAUUUAAAAUUUUUUUUUAAAAGCUUUUCUCUCUCUAGCCAUGUCGCGGCGACGAGGAAGGCCAAGGAAGAGGACGACGCCUAACAAUACGCCGAUGAACGAUCAAAACAAGAAGGAAAUACUAAAUAAUACACCGGAGAGUGAAUCUAAAGUUUCGGAAAAGGGAUCUAAAGGCUCAGCAAACCCUGCGAGUGCAAUUCAGCUGGAACAAAUUGAGAAUGAGGAUGCAGAUCUGUUGAACAAGGAGGAAGCAAUUCAGGAUCAGGAUGUUCUGGAAGUGAAUCCUUCAAAACCGGAAGCUCUCUCGUAUGCAGAUAUUGUGGUUGGAAAUCUGGAUCUACAGUUUAUCCCUGCGACUGAGGUAAAUGGAAACUUAGUUGCCCAGCUCACUAAAGAUGAUGUUAUUGAACCUUCUACUUACUGGAAUUCAUCAGUUGUUUGUUGUAUACUGGGGGCUAAUCCACCUCUGGAGGUGGUAAAGGGCUAUGUUAAACGAAUAUGGAGUUUGUUUCCCAUUGAUGAUGUGGAUGUGCUGAAGGAAGGACAAUUUAUAGUGACCUUCUCAAAAGAAGAAGACAUGAAGGAAGCUAUUAAAAGGAAGUAUUACUAUUUUGAUAAUAAACCGGUUUUGGUACAGCAGUGGAAACCUGGAAAGAAGAUCAAUCUGGAAGAAUUGAGAGACAUUCCUAUAUGGGUUCUCUUCCCAGAUUUGGAUGUUAAGUACUGGAGUUUGUCUGGACUAAGCAAGCUGGGCAGUCUGAUUGGGAAACCAGUGAAAAGGGACAAGGCUACAGCUAAUAAAACUAAAUUUGCCUAUGCCAGGAUCCAAAUUGAAGUCAAGGUGCAUCAAGAUUUCCCACAUGAAAUUGGAUUUAUUGAUGAGACAGGGCGAGUAAUUUCCCAAAAAGUAGAAUAUGAAUGGUAUCCCUGUAUAUGUUCUCAUUGCAAAAGGAUGGGACAUAUGCAAGAGAUGUGUAGAAGGAAAGAAGCCACAAAACAAAAUGAGAAAUCUAGAAAUAUGGUGUGGCGUCCUAAGCAAACAGAUGGUGCCACAGAAAAGAAGGAAGAAGGACAAGAAGAAGCUCCCAAACUGGACAAGAAGGUGGAUGAACAAAAGGUCCCUAAUCAGAACAACCCUAAUGAGGAAGAAUUUACAACUGAUAUAAUUAAAAGAGGUGAUACUAGUGAAGCCAUGAUCAACAGGGAAAUGGACACCAUAAAGGAAUUGAACUGGAAUAUGAAGGCAGCAAGACUUAUGAAGUAUCAAAGAGUGAAACAAGAAUGGAUUCAGGAGGGGGAUAAGGAUUCCAGAUUGUUUCAUGCCUGGGUUAAAAAGAGAAGACUGAACAACCACAUUGGGUCUAUUAAGAACUCUGAAGGGCAGUUCUGUGUGACAACUGCUGCAUACUCGAUACAACUUGAUGGAGAAAGCUUUGGCCAUUUCAUGGGAGGCAAGGGACUAAGACAAGGGGAUCCAGUCUCCCCCUUGUUAUUCACCUUAAUCAUGGAGUAUUUAACCAGAGCCCUCUCCUACUACUCAAAAAAUGACAGAUUUAAGUACCAUCCUAGAUGCAAGGCUCUUAGUUUAAUCAAUAUUGUGUUUGCUGAUGAUUUAAUUGUUGCUUGCAAGGCUGAAGUUGACUCCAUUGAGUGUAUCCUUUCCAGCCUUAGGCAUUUCAAGGACACUAUGGGAUUAACUCUUAAUUAUAACAAGUCUCAAAUCUUUCUGGGAGGAGUCACAAAUGAGAUCCAGAGUGAAAUCCUGAAGAGAAUUGGUAUGGCUAAAGGAGCUUUUCCAUUUAGAUAUCUAGGUGGACCUAUAACUGCCUCCAGGAUAAGUGAGAGAUAUUGUGACGUUCUGGUGGAUAAACUAACUAGGCAAAUUACUUCCUGGACCACAAAAAAUUUGUCCUAUGCAGGUAGAGCCAAGUUGAUUAACUCGGUUCUGUAUGGUAUUAUUUCCUUCUGGAGUAGGAUAUUCUUGAUACCUAAAAAGGUAUGCAUACAAGGGUUAAAUGGCAUGACUUGGUUUGGAACAAAUGGUCCAUACCAAAACACAGAUUUAUUGCUUGGCUUAUAUGGAAAGGGAGAAUUCAUGGACAUUGAUACCAAAUGUGUGCUGUGUGAGGAGGAGGUAGAAUCUGCUGACCACCUCUUCUGUACGUGCUCUUUUGUUGUAUCAGUGCACAAGGCCCUUCGUCCUUGGUUGAGACAUGAUUUAACUUCUACAUCACUAACUAAGCUGAAGGAUAAAAUGUGGAAAGGAAAGAAUAGGAAGGACAGACUGUGGAUUGCCUCGAGCAUAGUAGCCUGCUGCUAUUAUGUGUGGAAGGCAAGGAACUCCAAGCUUCAUAACAAGAGAGAAGAAACUAGUGCAAAAGUUGCUGAAGAGGUGAAGACUGUGUUAUCCAUGGCAGCGAACAGAGGGGACUGAAUCAAUGAAGAUUAGCCAUUGGU